AUGCCCGCGUGCCAGUCCCUGAACGUCGCAUCCGCAUCGUGCGGCUUGCAAGCGAGAUGGAUUGACGUUAUCCUGCCUAAGCCUUCUACGAUCAGUUAUGUGCCCCCCGGGUACAACAAGCAAGAGAGAUUAACGGACUCCGAGAGCGUUUCAGGGAAUCCACCGUCCCGCUCUCGGAGUCCAUUGGCCUUAGGCGAUGUCAUCGGGUUUCGGGAGACAACAAAUGCGAAGGAAGGGAUCCUGCUCACCAGCGUUGUGACAGCAGGUAUAUCUUGCUUCCCCGGUAGUACCUCCGAAGAGCCCGCGACGAGAGGAUGUCUGUUGAGAUUUUCGAGCAGAACGGGCUGGCGAAGCGGGCGGCAAGGCGUAGUAGACGACGAGCAGCAGCAGACGCGAUCGUGCAUUACAUUCCUGAACAAAAGGGGUAAUUCACUCAUUCCCGGCGGCGGACAUUUCCCGUUUGAAACACCCGCUGCGUCUGCGAGUGCUGAGUCUGCACCGCCAAAGGCUGACAAGGUCAAGGUCGUGACCAAGAGCGCAACGACCAAAAAGACGAUGGACGCAAGAGCGCCGCUUGCGCCAAUCGUUGACACGAAAAACCUGACUAAUCAUGUGGGCGGCGGCCGGCCACGCUGGACGCCGCUCGCCGGGCUGUCCGGCGGAUUCUGUGCCCCCUCGACGUCGCCUCCGACGACCUGCGACGCGCCGCAAACCAUUCCUUCGCGCGACUGCCCUCUUCUGUGCCGCGCUGAUAAUUCAUCCACUAGGUUCCUAUACGGCGAAGUCAGCGCAUGCGCGGUGGCAACACUAGUGCGUAUUCCAGUGGUACUCAUCGCAAAUGCUAGUACUGACGCGGCAUACAGCAGCAAUCGCGGAGUAACGAUCUUGUUCUCUCCGCGCACACCUGCCCUUCCUCUCAUCAUCAGUGUUCGAUCCAUCGUCAACCUCGCAUCUUUGUCCCCUCGCCCUCUCUCUUGA